GAAAAGAAAAAUAUCAUGAGUUUGUUAUUACUCGUACUCGUACUGUGCGGAUUAUUGGCACUGUAUAUUUAUUGGCGCAAGAUAAAUAAUUAUUGGGAUGGACAAGGUAUUCCGCAGCCAUCGUAUUCCCUACCAAUCGUUGGUCACCUCUUGCCAUCGUUAUUAUUGCAAAAAAAUAUGCGCCAAUUAGCAGUGAGUUGGUACGAGAGUUACAAGAAAAGCAGUAUGAUUGGUUUUUAUGAUGGCACGUCACCGGCAUUGUUGAUACGGGAUCCUGAAUUAGUUAAGACGGUACUGCAAACGAAUUUCUCGAAUUUUUCAGAAAACUCGGUGAAGGUCGAUAAGAACUUGGAUCCAUUGUUGGCCAAGCAUCCAUUUGUAAUGAAAGGCGAGGAAUGGUUGGUAGGUAGGAAAAGAUUGACCUAUGCGUUCUCGAGCAUGCGAUUGAAAAUAUUGUCGGAGACCGUACGCAAAGUCUGCAAGAAGUUCGACGAUUAUUUGUACAAGAAGAUCAAGGAGGAUCAAAGGGUCGAAUUCGAGGCUAAGGAUCUAUCGGGUAGAUUUACAGGCGAGGUCGUCGCCAACGCAGGAUUCGGUAUCGAAGGAUUUUGUUUCGAGGAUAAUUACAAUCCGCAAUCGUUUCACGAGAAGGGUAAUAGAGAAGAGACGAGAGGAGACCGAAAAACGAAACGAUUUCUUUCAAUUAAUGGUCGACCUUGAAAAAAGUGAAGGUCAGAAGUUCGACGAGGAAUCAUUGGCGGCUCACGCACUUGCUUUCUUCGUCGAUGGUUACGAAACAUCAGCGGUGACCUUAAGCUUCAUCUGCUUCGAUUUGUCCGUACAUUACGAUAUACAAGAAAAACUGAGG